GAACCAAAAAUCUAUGUUGAUGCGUUGCUUGAAGUUCAUAGCAAGUACAAUGAUAUGGUUACAACAGCCUUUAGAGGCGAAGCUGGUUUCGUUGCUUCACUUGAUAAGUCAUGCCGAGAAUUCGUAAAUCGCAAUAAAGUGUGCAAAGCCUCGACAUCAAAAUCGCCAGAAUUAUUGGCCCGAUUUUGUGAUUCGUUGCUUAGGAAGAGUUCAAAGAACCCUGAGGAAAAUGAUCUUGAAGAGGAAGCGUGUGGUUUCGAAUACACGUCAAAAUUACAGCGCAUGUUUACUGAUAUGGGAUUAAGUAAAGAUCUUAACGAUCAAUUCAAAGAGCGCAAUUCUAUGGGAGCUAAUGAACAAGAUACGUCAUACACCUUUGAAGAGUUAAAACAAAGCACCGAUUUGAAUGCAGAUGUCUUGGUAGGCGCCCUAGGGACCCUCGUUAAGGCCAAAGUACUUGAACUUUCUGAUGUCCGUAUUCAAUUAAAUGUUCCUAUCAAGUCUGAGCAAAAAGUAGAAGUAGAAGAAACCCACAAAACUGUUGAGGAGGACCGAAAGUUAUUGAUGCAGGUUCGUAAAUUCUAA